AUGUUUCUCUUUCCGUGUCUUCUCAACUCGCCCGAUACCAUCUAUGGAGCCACUUUUGUCAAAAUAGCCCCUGGAUAUUAUUGGAUUCUCGAGAAUAGUUCGAAAGACUACCAAGUGAUCGUCUCAACCACUCUGAUCGUGAUUGAAAGUGGGACUUUUCUUCUGAAUAUUUUCACGAGUUAUCGCUUGAUUCGACAGCGAAAACAUCGAACGAAUGGGUCAAAAAAGAAUUUGAAAAACUCCAAUGAUUUAAAAUUCCACGCGAUUAACAUGUUCAUGUUCUUUAUGGAAAUGAUCGUCGUUGCCAUGCAGCUUUUCCUGCACAUUACAACAACAAUCGCUGAAAGUGAGGUGCACAGCUGGCUGCUGUUCAAUAUGUUCGUCGUCGCCAUCACCGUCAAUGAUCUCACCUCUUUGCUUCCAUUGUGGUUGAUGGCCUAUCUCUCGAACGAGUUCCGCUCGGUGAUCUUUGGGAGGAAAGCGAAAAGCGAAAAGAAAACCCCCUCAAUUUCGAUGCAAAUUCAGCCGACUAACACGGCUUUU